UCCCAUAUAUAAACGAGUCAAAGGAACUUAUCAGAAGGAAACGAAACCCUAAAUAAGACUCCGCCAAUGAUGCUGAAGCAAACUGCGAAAAAGACUUUUCUAGGGCUACGGAGUUCGACGGCGGGGCGCCGAUUCUACCACGAGAAUGUAAUAGAUCACUUUGAAAAUCCUAGGAAUGUUGGGUCCUUCAAGAGGGACGAUCCUGACGUAGGCACAGGAUUGGUUGGAUCUCCUGCCUGCGGGGACUUGAUGACCCUCCAGAUUAAGGUCGAUGAGUCCGGUCACAUCACUGAUUCUCGAUUCAAGACCUUUGGCUGCGGAGCCGCCAUCGCCGCUUCUUCCGUCGCUUCUGAAUGGAUCAAGGGCAAAACGGUAUCGGAAGUUAUGACCAUUAAGAACGCCUGCAUUGCAGUAUGCUUGCUGAGGACGCCAUCAAGUCCGCCGUCCAAAACUACAAGGAGAAGAAAGCAAUUGCCGAUGCCUCCGUGGCUUGAUUCUACGGAUGAUGAUCUAUGAUUUCUUACAUGUGUACUGUUUAAUUACUUGCUUCCAACAAGUAACUCAUAAUGUUUAUUAGCUAUUAGACUGGCAUGUCCUGAGUUUUUUUUUUAAUGGAACGUUGCAGUGUGAUCUUGAUCAUCAUACUGAAGUAUAAAUAAAAUUUACUUUUUUUCAAUAAGUUAUUA